UGCAUUGCAGAGUGAUAGGCUGGAGCUAAUAUGCACCACAGCAGAACAUGUUGUUUUGACCAUUGCAGACAUCUGGUGCACUCAGAUACUGACAGUGCAGCCCAGCAUUAGCCAGAGGCAACUUCCUUUACUCAAGAAGUCAAACAUUCUUUGUUCAAAAAGGAAAAUUAUGGCUGCAUAGAAAAGAUACAACAGAUGAGUACUUUGAAUAUGAUGCAGAGGAGUUCUUGCUUUCUCUGACGUUGUUGAUCACAGAGGGUCGUACACCAGAAUGCUCGGCAAAAGGUCGUAUAGAAGGGUUUCAUUGCCCUCCAGCACAGCUUGGACAGUCCUUAAGUACAAAACACGAAUGCACUGAGAAAGUGCCGCAGUGUUACCAGGCCAGAAAGACCAGAUCUCAGGUUUUGGUUCUGUGGAGGAAUAAUACUUCCAUCAUGGUUGAAGUGAUGUUGCUUCCUGACUGUUGCUAUAGUGAUGCUGACGGUCCAUCCACAGAGGGGAGUGAUAUAAACGACCCUGCUAUCAAACAGGAUGCUUUGCUGCUGGAAAGGUGGUCUUUACAGCCAGUUCCCAAACAAACUGGAGAUCGUUUAAUUGAAGAGAAAAGUCUUCUGCAGGCUGUUCGUUCAUAUGUCUUUUUUUCUCAGCUGAGUGCUUGGCUGAGUGCAUCACAAGGUGCAGUUCCACGUAAUAUUCUGUACCGGAUCAGUGCAACCGAUGAAGAUAUGUUGCUAAAUUUUACACAGCCACCAGUUGAACACGUGUUUCCAGUUCCUAAUAUUUCACACAGCCUGGCUUUGCAAGUGAGUGUGCUAUCCCUCCCUAGGCAACCGAGUUACCCAUUGCUGACAUGCAGUAUUCACACCAACUUCAGUUUCUAUGGGAAAAAUAUCCCCAAUCAAGAAAAGGAAACUUAUCAACGUACCAUUGUAAAAGAGCAAGACUAUUGCAACAUGCCACAAGUACAACAAAAGUACAAUAAGCAAACAUGCACUGCUAUUCAAAACCAUGAAUUGUUGCCAACAAGUUCAGUAAAUGUAAGAAAAUGCCCUUCUCCUGAGAUCUCGGAAACAAACAAAGUGGGAAUAUUAAGUGAUACUGAAAAAAUAUGUGAUAUCAGAAGUUCACAGACUAAGUCUCAGUCUUGUAAAUGGGCAAAUACUGCUGAAAUAACUAAGGUACAUCCCUAUGAAACCCAUACAGUCAAAACCUUAAAGUCAUUUUCUGUGACAGAUUCCAAUCAAACCAGCAGUCCAUCUACUCGAAUGUCCUUGGGUGAGAUGAACCCUUUGAUAGGAAGCUUGCUUCAGGAAAGAGAAGAAGUGAUUGCAAGAAUUGCUCAACGGCUGAGUUUUUGUGAUCAAAAUCCUCCAUCUAUUUCUGGAAGCCAUUUUAAUACAGUACAAGAGUCAAGUUCAACAAGUGCAAAACUACUGCAGAGCUCUUUUGAAGAAGAAAGCCCAAGAAGUACAGGGAAAGAAACACUUUGUAGUUCUAUCACCCACACUGAAAGUAGUUUCUUAGAAAACAAAAAAAAGGCCAGAACCCCAUCUCAAGAUACUCCAGUCACAUUAUGUAGAAAGGCUAAAUUUGGACACGAUAAAACAGCUUCUCCAAAGCCACAGACACGAAGAAAGCUAUUCCCAGCUGAUUCUUUUACCGAUACCAUUGGUAAAUCUGAAACAAAACACUCUGCUGAAAGAACUGUAAAUAAGCAUGGUAAAUCCGAACUGUCACAAAUCAAUUAUGUAGGUAAAGUGAACUGGAAGUGCCCAGCAUCUGGCAACAGUGUAAAUGAGAAAAAAUCCAAAGUUGAGUCAUUGUGUUCUGGUUCCUUCCAUAAGAACAUUGUGAACUCUACAGAUAAUUCUGAAUUAAAACUACGUACUCCUAUACAUCAUGGUCCUUCAGAACUUGAUGCCAGUGCAUUUAAUAGAGACAAAUCAGACUGUUCCUUUAACUCGGGCACUUGUUCUGAAAAUAGUGUCAACAAUGCAAAAAAUAAUCCAGUUAGUAUAGAAUGUUCAUGUGCCUGGCAUUCAGACUCUGUAGAAUGUAGCAAAUUUGGGACUAAAAGUGAAUGCAAUAAAUUGGAUAUUUCUGAUGACCAUUCUGGAACAAUAAAAACAAAUGAAACUGUCAGUUCAAAAAAGCGAGACCAAGAAAAGAUAGACCUGCAAACCCAGAGCUGUGAUGCAUCGCAGUGCUUACGUAAUUCAACGAUGCCAAGAAGACUGAAUGGAGACUGCAGAGAAAGACCUGGAGAAUAUCAAAUGCAAAAUAAGAAUUUUUCAAAAUCUCCACUGAGACCUUCUGGAAACUUUUGGAAGAAGCAAAAUCGUCGUUCAUUAGAUGGAAUCUCAACAAAAGUUUUUCAUCCAUGUACUGGAUUACCUUUACAUUCAAGUCCUGUUCCACCGAGAAAAAUACAAUCGGGAUACUUUGACCUGGACACUUCAUUGCAAAGACUAAAAGGGGUACCUUGCAAAAGCCAGAGGAAGUAUUUAAGACCAGAGAAUGAUGCUGACCAAGGGAAGCAGCAACUGAGUGUUAGUGCUCCACCCGCAACUAGUCUAAGCCUACUUGGAAACUUUGAGGAAUCUAUUUUGAAUUUCCGCUUGGAACCUUUAGGAGCAGUCGAUGGUUUCACAGCUGAGGUGGGAGCAAGUGGAACAUUCUGUCCCAGUCACAUGACUCUUCCAGUUGAAGUGUCCUUCUACAGUGUCUCGGAUGAUAAUGCACCAUCACCCUACAUGGGUGUGAUUAGUUUGGAAUCCUUGGGAAAACGAGGCUAUCGAGUGCCCCCAUCAGGAACAAUACAAGUGACCUUAUUCAAUCCUAACAAGACAGUGGUGAAGAUGUUUGUAGUGAUUUAUGACUUGAGAGAGAUGCCAGCCAAUCACCAGACAUUCCUACGACAGAGGACAUUUUCUGUUCCUGUGAAACGUGAAACUGUUGGACAUGCCAAUAAAGAAAACAUAAUCCAGACAGAAGAAAGGAUACUUCGCUACCUCGUACAUUUGAGGUUCCAGAGUUCAAAAUCUGGGAAGAUCUACCUCCACAGAGAUGUCAGACUCCUUUUUUCUCGGAAGUCAAUGGAAGUUGAUAGUGGUGCUGCAUAUGAAUUAAAAUCUUAUACAGAGUUUCCAACAAAUCCUCAUUUUUCAGCACGAUGUUAGCAAUAUUUUUCAUUGGUUAGGAUAUAUUUUUCUUUUUUUUCCGGAGAAUGGCACAUGUUCAGCUAAUUAAUGGAAAUAAAAUAUGCACAGUACAUAAUUGUGAUAAAUUAUUGGUACUAGUCUUUUAGAACCCCAGCACCUAUUAGACCGUGGGCCAGUCUUGUGUAAGUGUUUUGAAUAAAAUCCCUUGUACUUUAAGCAAGCAGUAGACUGGAAUGAAAACCAUGUUGUCCUGAUAUUAUCUGUACUGUUACAAUGGAAGUCACAAACCACUUUAUUGGAUGUGUUGCAAUAGUAAAAACAAGAAGUAGUUUAGUGUUAAAACAUUUUAUUUUAUUUGUAUUUUAUUUAAUAUUUAAAUUAAUGUUUCACUUAUUGGGCAGAUAAUUUUUUUGUCCUGUUUAGUGUUAUGUAGCAUAAAGUUCUCCAUGUAAAAUCAUACUCUGUAUUUUUUUGACAUGGUUAAUACUCAAAUAUACAAAAUCUAUGUAAAUCGGUGUCUGUCUGUCCAUGAAUCUGUGUGUUUGUGUGCAUAGAAACACAAGUAAAAAUAUGUCUUCAGUAACUUAUGUCAGGUGCACAUAUAGUUGAUAACUGCAUAUUUUGCUCAGCUUCCAGAAUUUAGUUCCAUUGAUAGAUUUCUACCCCGUGUUUUUAUUAACACGUACUGUAUAAGAGUCUGUUCUUCAUAACUGUAUCAGCAUUGUAUUUUCCUUAAGCAGUUUUUAAAAUAUAUUGUUCUGGUUCGCCAGUUCCCUAAAGGCAUGAUCCUUUGCUUCUGUUCAAUUUGAGCAACCUGCCCAGUAUCUUGCCCAAGUCAUCCUCCAAGGCUAUGAGGUAUCAAGAUAUUUGAUUACACAGGACCUAAUAGCUGAACACAUUUUCUCACUACUUGUUCUGUAAUAGAUUCAAAAACAGUAAAGAAAUAUUUAACCAACCCCCUCUAAAACACGUCAUAGUGGGAAGGAAUCAAUAGCAUGAGAGUUUAGGUAGAGGGCUCCAAAAGAGAUGUUAUAUGGGAGCUAGGUAUGGUUAGGAUGCAGAUGGGAAAGUAACACGGAGUAGAAGCAAUCUGGAAGUGAUGCUGGGACAAUCCCGGAAUGGAAUUAAUCAGAAUAACAUGUAGAAAGUCAAAUCUGGAGGGUAAAGUAAAAACAAAAUGUUGAAACCACUCAGUAGAUCAGACAGCACCUGUAGAAAGAGAAACAGUUAAAUAUUUUGGAGAAGGCUGUUGGCUUUGAAAGGUUUUUACUGUUUCACUUCCACAGUUGCUGGCUAGCAUUCUGAGUGUUUACAGCUCAUCCCUUUUUUUUAACAGAUUUUCAGCAUCUGUGUUUUUUAUAUAUUUGAAUUCUGGUGCAAGCUUGACAAAAAAUGAUAAACUUUGUUAAAUGAGCCCUGAGGUUUGACUGGAUAAAUGCCUUUAAUGUGGUCACAGCUAUAUUUUGAUGUUUGCUUCAAGCAGGUUGGAAGCACCAUUGAAAUUUGCAUAAUAAUGGAUAGGACAAUCUGAUCUGGUUCGGUCUGUUAUUUUUGAAAAAAAAAGAUGAGUAAUGAAUCAUUCGUGAGGUUUUUUGAAGCAGUAAUGUCAGCAGUUUGAAAGAUGAACGAGCAGCAUUGAAUGCAAAGGAACCAUUGAGGACCUUUCAACUAAAGAAAUACAGUGCAUUGGAAGGAAUUUGGGAUGUGGUUGAGAGGGGAGGAAUUAAGCUGUACAGUAUAGAAUACGAGAAAAGUUGAGACCUGCAUUUACAUGAACUUCAGUCAUCACAGAGCACAUUACAAACAUUCAAGUAUUUUUAAGCUGUAGUCAUGGUACUAAUAUUGGGAAAGUAGCAGCCAAUUUGGACACAAUAAGCACCAAUAAACCAGCAAAGGGGUAUGUGGAAACUGAAGCGCAGACUGACAAGUGCCUUAAAUAGUCAUUGAAUGCCAUGUCAAUGACCAUUUUGGUUGUGGCAUCAAGAAAUCUAAUGUCUUAAUCUAUUCAAUCUUAUUGAUCAAGCAAUAAAUUUCUGGGCCUUAUCAAUAACUUCUUAUGCUUUGAAAUAGUAUUGCAUUCACAUGUUGGUCCUUUUGGGGUGGUGCUUAGAACGCCAAUUUUUCAGCUUGGGGUGAAUUCUAAUGGUAGGAAUGUAUCAAAAAUAUGGAGUGGUGACUACCUUUAUGGCAGAACUUUUCUCAACCAUGUUAUUGUAAGAGUGACUUAACUUCGAAAACUGGAAGCUGGAGAAAUGAAAAUACCUGCUGUAAUUGAUAUAACAUCUAAAUUUUGAUUUUUUUUCCCCCUACUUAAUCAAUUGCUGGUUUACAGCAAGAUAUAAUGGAAAAUAUGCAAUUAAAUAUUUAGAGAGAGUGGAGGGAAAGUGCAGUGGUAUUCCUUGGGAGUCUUUAUCACUGCAUUUCUUAUGAUACAUGACACAAUACAUGAACUUGGAAAUAUGACUCACAAUUUCUGAAUUUGCAGAGUGUUAUCAGCUUGAUGGAGAGGGCAAAUGUGCAGCACAUGUUACUUAAUUGAAAAAAAGUUGCCGAUGGUGUUAUAUUUUAUUUGGAACAAUGGAGGAAAGCAAUACAAACUAGGUGGCACAAUUCCAAAUGGAGAAUAGGAACAGUGAAAUCUGGGAGUACAUUUGUAUAGAUAAUGAAAAUGAAAGGACAGCAUGAGAUCCAGGGCUCCAGUAAAUUGAGACACAGAGCAAGUGAGCGAUGAAGUUACAAGGAGCCUUUAUGAAACAUAAGUUUGGACGCAAUAUUGAUUGUUGAACCUGGUUCUGGCGACCAAAUGUAAGGAAAUAUGUGGCUUUAGUGAGUGUAGAAUAGAUUUGCUGGAAUAAUACCAAAGAUACAGGGCUUUUCUUACUUGAAUAGACAGAAAAAGCUUGUUCUUUCUCAGAACAGAAAAGGGGAUCCAAUCGAAGUAUUUAAAAUCAUGAAAGAUGUACAGGAGACAGAGAGAAACUGGUCCAUUGAUGAAAAGGUCAAGAAAUAAAUGGCAAAAGUAACAUCACAGAAAUGUUUUUUGUCAAUGAGCUGUCAGUGGAUAUUGAUUCAACUGUGGCAUUCCAAAAGAAACAGAAUGAGUACGACGAAGCUCUUGGGUAGUAGGACCAGCUGGAUUGUUCUUGCAAAAAGACAGCACAAGCUUGAAGAACCAAAAUGCCCUUCUUCCAUGUAAUCCCUUUCUGUGAUUCUCUGAAAAGAUUGUUAGUGUUACUUAAUAAAGCAUAUAACAUAAUUUAUUUAUUUUUUCUGUUUGUAUCAUGGAGAUAUAAAAUACACU